AUGGCUUUCUACCCCAGGACACCAAAAAGACCAAAGCAAUAUCUCUAUUAUGCGACUCAUGUGGAUCAAGAACCUGGGGUGCCCAUUGUCCCGCAGCAGCAUGGCUACCCUCUGCAGGUGCCCGUCGUCCCAAGGCCUCAGCAGCAGCACGGCUACCCUCUGCAGGUGCCCGUCGUCCCAAGGCCUCAGCAGCAGCACGGCUACCCUCUGCAGGUGCCCGUCGUCCCAAGGCCUCAGCAGCAGCACGGCUACCCUCUGCAGGUGCCCGUCGUCCCAAGGCCUCAGCAGCAGCACGGCUACCCUCUGCAGGUGCCCGUCGUCCCAAAGCCUCAGCAGCAGCAGCAGCAGCACGGCUACCCUCUGCAGGUGCCCGUCGUCCCAAAGCCUCAGCAGCAGCAGCAGCACGGCUACCCUCUGCAGGUGCCCGUCGUCCCAAAGCCUCAGCAGCAGCAGCAGCACGGCUACCCUCUGCAGGUGCCCGUCGUCCCAAAGCCUCAGCAGCAGCAGCAGCACGGCUACCCUCUGCAGGUGCCCGUCGUCCCAAAGCCUCAGCAGCAGCAGCAGCACGGCUACCCUCUGCAGGUGCCCGUCGUCCCAAAGCCUCAGCAGCAGCAGCAGCACGGCUACCCUCUGCAGGUGCCCGUCGUCCCAAAGCCUCAGCAGCAGCAGCAGCACGGCUACCCUCUGCAGGUGCCCGUCGUCCCAAGGCCUCAGCAGCAGCAGCACGGCUACCCUCUGCAGGUGCCCGUCGUCCCAAAGCCUCAGCAGCAGCAGCACGGCUACCCUCUGCAGGUGCCCGUCGUCCCAAGGCCUCAGCAGCAGCAGCAGCACGGCUACCCUCUGCAGGUGCCCGUCGUCCCAAAGCCUCAGCAGCAGCAGCACGGCUACCCUCUGCAGGUGCCCGUCGUCCCAAAGCCUCAGCAGCAGCAGCACGGCUACCCUCUGCAGGUGCCCGUCGUCCCAAGGCCUCAGCAGCAGCAGCACGGCUACCCUCUGCAGGUGCCCGUCGUCCCAAGGCCUCAGCAGCAGCAGCACGGCUACCCUCUGCAGGUGCCCGUCGUCCCAAGGCCUCAGCAGCAGCAGCACGGCUACCCUCUGCAGGUGCCCGCAAAUCCCCAACAAAAACUCUACUUGGGCCAGUGGCCUGGUUACUUGGUCAAAUGGCCACAGAAACCUAAUAUUGCCAUCAGCUGACCAAGUCUGCCCCAGGAGCACCUCUACUAAUUUGAGCAGCCUGAGUGGAGCACAUGUUUGAGUUGCUGGGUCAAUUUGCCAAUUAAAACUUGCCUUGAGUGACACAUUCGUUUGGGGGUUUUUUUAAACUGCAUUUUCUGUAACUUUGAGUGCUGGACUCUAUUUGCAGGGUUUUGGGUUUAACAUGUACAGAAAGUAACAUUCCUCUUUUUAGUCUUUUAGAAAUGCUACAGUACAAAGGGCCUAAAGAGUCUUAAAGUCCAACUCAGGGCUUUGGGUAAAAUGGACUUUAGAGAAGUGGGUGACUGUAAUGUGUCUGAAUUUUGCUUUGUGGGUUUUUUGUUUCCUAAAACUGCAGAAGAACUUCCCUAAGUGUACCUCUUAUCCAUGAGGAAAAUCAGGCUAAAUGCUACUUUGGACAGCUUCUGAAAAUUAGAGCUCCAAACGAGAUUUAAAAUCUCUGGCUAGCCACUUGAGUUUGGCUUACUUGAAACUUUAUAAUUUUAUUUAUUUUUUUUUUCUGUUGCAUCUCUAAAAAAAAAAAAAACACCAGUAAUUUGAUCCCAAACUUGUACACUGAUAUUUCAAGUUGCUUUUCAGAUUAUGGUUUAAAAUACCUUGCCUUUAGAUUAAUAUGGAUUAAAUUCGUGUACAGUACACCCACUCAAUACUUGGUCCAGUAUGCCAGAGCCAU